AUGAGCCACUCUAUGAGCAGUCCUCGGAAUAUUCAACUAGUAUUCGAAACAUAUCAAAAAGCCCGAUUAGUCUUUGUACAGACGAUGGCUGAAUUGGCAACAAGAGCAACCAAUGUUAAAUGUCUUGAAAGUGCUGGAGUAUUAGAAUUGCUUCGACCCUUACUCUCCGAUGGCUGCAGCACGGUACGCCAGUGCGCGGUGGUGGCGGCCGCGCGGCUCGCUGAGCACGACGAGGCGGUGGCGCGGCAAAUACUGAACAGCGGAAUGCUCACUAUCUCUAUUGAGAAUCUUAACAAGUUUAACGUUUAUUAUAAGCGGUCAGCUUUAUACCUAAUCAGGGCUAUUGCGAAACAUAAUGAAGAACUAGCGUCAGCUAUUGUGAGACUCGGUGCUUUAGAGCACAUUGUUUCGUGCCUAGAAGAUUUUGAUACACAGGUAAAAGAAAAUGCUGCCUGGGCACUGGGAUAUGUGGGAAAACAUAGCGAGCACCUAGCCGGGCUGGUUGUAGAUGCUGGAACGUUACCAUUAUUAGUUUUGGCUUUUCAAGAACCUGAAAUAAGUUUAAAACAGAUAGUUGCGGGUGCUUUAGUAGAUUUAGCACAACACAAACCAGAAGCCGUCGUGGAUGCGGGUGCAAUUUGUCACUUAGUACGCGGAUUAGAGAAUCAAGAUCCUAAAUUAAAGCGCAGUACGCUGUGCGCGCUGAGCGCGGUGGCGGGCGCGCGGCCGGGCCUGGGCGAGGCGGUGGUGGCGGGCGGCGCGCUGCCCGCCGCGCUGCUGCACGCCGGCCACGACGCCGCGCCCGUGCGCCGCGCCGCGGCUUGCCUGCUGCGCGACAUCGUCAAACAUUCCGUCGACUUAGCUCAGUUAGUGGUGAACACUGGUGGCUGUGGCCCGCUGGUGGAGCUGUUAUCGGAAGGGUCGGGGGGCACCCGGGUCCCCGCUUGCAUGGCACUCGGUUAUAUUGCUGGCCAGUCUGACCAGUUAGCAAUGGCCGUUAUUGAAGCAAAGGCAGUGGUAGUACUUGUAGAGAUACUUCAAAGCAAUGAAGUUGAAGAUGCAGACUUAUGUGCAGCUGCAUGGACCCUUGGUCAUAUAGCCAAGCAUUCCCCACAACAUAGUCUCGCAAUUGCUGUGGCUAAUGCACUUCCAAGAUUGUUACAAUUAUAUACAAAUCCAAAAUCAUCCAACGAGGUAAAAGCAAGAGCAUCGUGUGCUUUGAAGCAGUCACUUCAAUGUUGCUUACAUCGACCAGCUCUUGAGCCGCUGCUGCAUGCAGCCCCUGCUUGUAUAUUGAAAUAUGUAUUGGCUCAAUAUGCCAAGAUAUUGCCAAAUGAUGCAAGAGCUCGAAGAUUGUUUGUGACUACGGGUGCUUUAAAAAGAGUUCAAGAAAUAGAUACCGUUCCUGGUACUUCGUUAAAAGAAUACAUUAAUAUAAUCAAUAGCUGUUUCCCAGAGGAAAUAGUUCGGUUCUAUACUCCAGGCUACUCCGAUUCGUUACUUGACAGAGUAGAAGCUUAUACUCCGCAGAUUCCAGAGUUGUUUACAGAUAGGGUACCGAGUGAUUGUCAAAGUGAACUAACCAUCGAAAACGGGAAUUAAAUUUUUUAUAUAUGGCUAUUUAUAUUGAUUUAAUUGAAUACAUUUGUUUUAUUAA